UGGGAAACGACAGGCUCUGGUCUAUCUUGGGUUGGUUAUAAACAUCUUUGGUAGUAGGCUAGCUAUAAAGGCCUUCACUGAACGAACGUGUCUAAGGGCCCUAGACCAGACAUGCUCAACAGAGACCAACGACUGCUUGCUCACACUAAAGGAAAUUACUCUAACACCCUCUACCAGAGACCAGAACAAAGAAAACAUGGGUCAAUCAAAGAGUACAGAAUAAAAGAUAAAGGAAGAAAGGCAAAUGAUAUCAGAUGAACUCAAAAUACUUUCCAGAUGUGGACAUAGACAAAGCUCUGCUGCAAUUCUCAUGUCCUAGGUCCUUGGAGAAGCUGAUCCAACACUACAAACAAAGAGAGAUGGAACUGAAUGAAAAUGCUAAAGCACGGAUAAAGGAUCUUACUGAAAAGCUUGUCGGCUUGAUUGCGAUACCUGAUGCUGCAGGCUUGGGGUCCCUGGUUAUCUCUAUAGUAAUAGACAGAUUUGUAUCUGCCAUAGAGCCCCCUAAGGAUAGCACAGAUUAUCUGCUGCGUCGUAUCUUUGCAGAGAAGGCCUCCGCUGUGAAAGACCAAAUGGAUGAGUACCUCAAGAGGCACCUCAUGCACAUACGCAACAAGGCAGAGCUUAAGAGUGACAUCCAGCACGUGGAGCGUAACCUGAGCUUUGCCCUGACUCAGUUGAAGAACUUCAUGCUGCUGGACGGACAGAUGAGCUCGUGGGCUCUGAGGAUGUGGGUCAACGGAGCGUCCUUCCAUGUCCAGAUGCUGAUUCAGCUGGCCAGACUGGAUGGGGCCAAAGACAGUGGCCCAGUACAAGGAAUUAGUCAAACAACAUCCUUCACAGUGCCACAGUGGUUCCUAUGA